GGAAGUAACUGUGAGCCAUGCCGCGCCACGGAUAAAGUAAAAGCGUGCGCGCGCCUCGUCGUCAGCAGCCAGUGAUCACACACACACACACACACACACGCACAAGUGCGCGCGCGCGCACACACACACACACAGACGCACGGGGAGGGAGAAAACUAGCCGACUACGAAAUCGUGCCAAAUGUAUCGUAGUGACGGGCACUGACCGCACAGGAGCUCGGGCACGAUCGAAAUUCCUGUCGCAAAAUAACGCAAAUAUUAAAGCAGCGCCCAGACCCCCGCGUCAUCCUGCCUAGAAAAAAAAGACGGAAGGAAACAAGCCGCGGGAUUUUAGCGGGGAGUUUCGAAGCGACCGUUUCUCUUACACUGUCUAAGACACCAAAUCGGCAAAAUAGAGCACGUAACGUUCAAGAUGCCUCGGGUGGUCCCGGAUCAGAGGAGCAAGUUUGAAAACGAGGAGUUCUUCAGGAAGCUGAGUCGCGAGUGUGAGAUUAAAUACACCGGUUUCCGAGACCGACCCCACGAGGAGAGACAAGCCCGCUUUCAGAACGCCUGUCGGGACGGACGCUCAGAAAUAGCUUUUGUGGCGACCGGCACCAAUCUCUCGCUGCAGUUCUUCCCCGCCAACCUGCAUGGUGAGCAGAGGCAGAUGCCCAGCCGAGAGUAUGUGGACUUCGAGAGAGAGACAGGAAAGGUGUACCUGAAGGCCCCUAUGAUCUUAAAUGGAGUUUGUGUGAUUUGGAGAGGGUGGAUUGACAUGCAGCGUCUGGAUGGGAUGGGCUGUUUGGAAUAUGAUGAUGAACGAGCACAGCAUGAGGAUGCUCUUGCUCAGGCUGCCUUUGAGGAGGCUCGCAGGAGGACUCGUGAUUUUGAGGACAGGGAUCGUUCACACCGCGAGGAUCUAGAGGACCCUGUGGCAUCAAAAAUCUGGGACUGAUGGCAUUCACGGACCAGGCCCAGGCGACAGCAGGACCCCAGCCCUGGCUCCAACAUGGGCAACACUGACGAUCACAAGAUGCGCUAACGGCAAUCAGCAAUCCGGUGGGCAGGGAAGGGUGACACCAUCUUCAUCACCACAACAAACUCACAACUUCAUGGCCCCUAAUAAUUACUCAAGAGACCAAAGUCCACAGGUGGGGGGGUGGGGGGGGGAGGGUUUCAUAUUACUCCCUUGCUAAAACGUUCUGACAGGGUGUAUGUUGGUUUGGGCUGGUAUUAACCUGGUUAUGGGGGAUACGUUGUAUUCGAUUCUUUUUUCCCUCCCCUCUCCCCUAGUUCCUUCUUAGGGUUUUGCACUAUACGAUACUUUCAAAUAAGUUCCCAUGAUGCCUUCCAGUAAGUGUUCCUACCUACAUUUUCUUUCAUCCCCCUAUGCAAGCUAUGUUAUUUUAAUUUUUUUGGCACUAUUGUAAUGAAACGGCAUUCUUAUUAUUUUUUAUUAAUAUUUGUUUGUGUGAAAGUCAAAAUGUUUACUUUUUUUUCUAUAUAUAACUCGUGUGUCCUCGCUCUCUUGUAGAAGAAACCAGUAAAUGUUGCUAGUGCUGUGUGAGUGAAAAACAAAACAAAACAAAAAAACAGAAAAAGUCAAAGAAGCUGCUGAUCUUGUUGACAAGGAAGGCGUAUCAUUUUGUCAUCAUCCCGCAUGUUCUUAGCCCCUUCCACUAUUUUCUUGUUAGCGUACAUCAAAACACACUUUGAAAGCACCAAGCAGCAGGAAAGCGCAUAUUAAGGUCAACCAGCUUAUACUGGCUUCCGCCUUCUAUUAUUCCAUUUUGUUGUGCUUUUCAUUUUCGCACCAGUUCAGGAUCUUUUUUUCUCUGCCUUGAUAGAAAAUGUAGGCUGUUUCCCUCCUACUGGUGCUGCUUGUUUGAACCUAUGCCAGAAAAUAUGAUCAGAAUAUGCAAUGUUACCUUUUUAUUUAAAAGAUACAACACGAUGGAAUAUUUCAAGACCGCUAGAUAACAGGUUUGUGUUGUGCUCUGUUAUCUUCAGGUUACCUUUUUGGUCUUGUGGGUGUCUGGAGCAUUUGUUAAAAGAAUACAGGGUGAGUGAUUGGCUCAAUGAAAAAAGUCACUCUAAAAAAUGAGCUGAGAGUCAGUUCAUGUUUGAAAAGUUGAUUCGGUUUUUUUGGGGGUUUUUUUUGGCAAAAGAAGAUAUAAAAAAAAAAUCUACUUCAUCGAAAUUGCAUUUGAACUUUGAAUACCUAUAGUGUGUUAGCAACUGUUGUAGUAGAAUUAUGUGUAUGUUUAUGCUUUUUACCAAAAUGUUCAUAUUAAGGCUUUUAUAAUUUAGUGGUUUUAGGUGAUCUUCCUAAAUACAGCGUAGCCUUAAAGAACACACUAAGCAGAACUUAGUGGCCAUGAUGGAAAGUGCUUGAUCGAGGACUGAGAGAUGUAGCCUCAGUGUGUUACUGCAGAAAUGUGUGUCCGCUGUCGCGUUCAACUCGAUUCUGUUCCAUGUUUUUUUUUCUACUCUGUGUAGUCAGCCAUGCCACUCAUGAUGUCAUUUAUUACCACAUUAUAAGCAUUACUUAGACUGCAUUCACGAUCGGAGCUAUUCGCAAGCGCUGGGUCACAAAUAUUCUUUGUAAUCUUGGUGAACUUUGGAACAGUGUUAUCACAGCACUGCUUAUGGGCUCAAAUUCUGUUAUUUGGUGUCAAAGAAAAACUUAAACAAGUACAGGUACGGAACCGCAGCAUGGAAAUAAUACAGAGUAGUUCAAUAGAGGAAUCCUCUGAAAUGUUUCAUGACUUUAUUUUUGCAUUACCUCAUUAAAAUGAUGCAGGUACAGUAGCAGCUCAUUCUAGGUCAGAAAUGCAGUACUCAAUAUCUCUCACCAAUUGGUUUUAAGAUAUAGCCUAUUACUCGAGCAUAGUCUACCUCUAGCUACAACCAAAAAGUUUCAUAGCCGGAAACGUGUGCAAAAAAUGAUCUGAUGGAUCCAUGUUAUAGAUGUUUUUCUUGAUUUUUAUGAAUGGUUAUUGCCAAAUUAUCAGAAAAAAUGGUUACUUUGAAGGUCCCAUAUUUGUUCAUACAGUUCUGCAAAAAUCAGAGGUCAGUCUCGAGCUGGUGUUGAUGCCAUGUCUUGAUUCUUGCUUGUACUUUCCAGCAGGAAAUAGGAAACCCUCACACACUCCCUCUUUCCCCCAUACCAGGUGUGUCUUGUGCUGUGUGUCAAAAUCUACCAUUGCUGCACCUCAUAACAUUCUGAGAUUCUGCAUCAACCUUUUCCUUAAUGCUGGCAUUAAGACAAGAUACACACCAGGGAAUGGAUUUUCACACAUUUCAUUUUUUUUUUUUUUUUUUUUAAUAAAUUGUUUAUUUUCUUAAUUGUCGUUUAAGUUAUUGAUGGAGGAUUGCCUUUUCAUUUUCAGGACAUGCUAUGAAGAAUGAUGUAAUUCUGUUUUUAUUGCUUACUUUUGUCCUUAAUUCCAUUAGGGCUUAAGGAUGCUUUUUCUAUGUUAUAUGGUUUAAGCUCCCCCCAUUUUUAAAACAGGGAGGACUGUUAACUGAAGUGUUAUGUUUGACUUGUUUCUAAAUAAACUUUUUACAAAUGA